AUAUUUCAGGAGAUAUUGAGAUAACUGUUGUCCCCUUUUUCUUUAAAAACCUUUCUAUACAUAGAAGAGAUGAAAUCUGAAGGCAGAGUGAGUGAAGAUGAAAAUGUAGAAGGUCUGUUCAGAAGACCCUGUAAACGUCAGAGUGGGAGACCCGGAUGUACCGGAUUUGUUAAAGAAGCAUCUCGCGUACCAGCCAAGCGUGAAUACAAAUCGCCAAUAUUCCGAGGUGAUUAUCUUUAGAAGAGGAUGGAAUAAAGAGGAAAAUUUAGAAUAAAAUCCAAUCUCAGCUAAGAUUCAACAUAUCGUUCGGGUUUUCGAAGCAGAAUAUUUUAUAAAAGGAGAUUUUUUUAUCUAUUACGUAACAUGCACCGAAACCAACGAGAGUAUAAUAUACUACUUCGUUACGACUACAUCCACAUUUUUAAAUUUUCUGUACGUAUGUUUUCAAUCGGCAAACAAACUUAAAAAGCUUUUCUCGUGUUUUAUCUGCAAAAUAAUGCUAAAAUGAAGAGAUUUGAGAUGGUACUCCAAAGAGAAAAUUUGUACUCCUUGAAGUUCAGUAUAAGUUUUGCCGUAAAUAUGGCAUUAAUUUUCGAGAAUCAUUGAUAAUUUUUUAAUAUCAUUUUAUAUUUUUCAACUCGCAUGCAGAGGCUUUUAAGGAGGUAGCAAACUGUAUAAAUUACAAAUGGUAAAUCUAAAAGAAAGAAAUUUUGGGAGUUACCACAAAAGGAUUUUAUUUUUUGAAUGAUUUUUCAUCGCAAAUCGCGACAUAGAAACAUGUCCUCAUAAAAAUCAUAACGGUAUUAAAUAUUUUUAUUUGUAGAUUCCUUGUAGUUCGUAGUAAAACAAUAAUUUUGUAAUAACAGUCAUGCUGUUUAUCAAGUAAAUAAUCCAUUAAGUUCAAUAUACAAAUUGUUUCUGCUUUGUAGGUUUAUUGUAGUGUGCAUCAGUGUAUAGUGUUUAUAGGGCUAAAGCUUGAACGAUAAUUUUUACAUUUUUAUAAUGGCUACGACAUUGAGUGCAUGUAUAUAAUCAAUGAAGCUUUAUAUAUAAAGCUGCUGGAACGAUUUUAUAUGUGCAGGAUAACUAUAAAGCCUUUAUACCUUAAGUAUUUAAGAAGAUAACUGUUGUCCCCCUUUUCUUUUAAAACCUUUUUAAACAUAGAAGAGAUGGAAUCUGAAGGCAGAGUGAGUGAAGAUGAAAAUCUAGAAGGUCUGUUCCGAAGACCCUGUAAACGUCAGAGUGGGCGACCCGGAUGUAACGGAUUUGUUAAAGAACCAUCUCACCUCCCCAAAAAGCGUGGAUACAAAUCGCCAAUAUUCUGAGGUAAUUAUCUUAAAAAAGAACGGAAUAAAGAGGAAAAUUCAAAAUGAAAUCCAAAUUCAUGCCGCUAAGAUUUAACAUCGUUUAGGUUCGAGAAGAAUGAUUUUAUAAAAAGAGAUUUUUUUAUCUAUUACGUAACACGCACCAAAACUAAUGAGAAUAUAAUAUGCUAUACUUCGUUACUGGCAUUACUGUACGUUUUCAAUUGGCAAACAAACGUAAAAGGUUUGGUUUGAUGUUUUAUCUGCAAAAUGAUGCUAAAAUAAAGAUAUUUCAGAUGGUACCCCAAAGAGAAAAUUAUGUUUAAAAUUCAACAUAAAUUUUGCUGUAAAUAUAGCGUCAAUUUUCCUGAAUCAUUCAUAAUUUUUCACGUACUGUUUAAUAAACGAGCAGGAGUGUUUUAUUAGGUUUAAAGCCACGAACGCGCUGCGCGAGUGGCUUUAGACCUAAUAAAACACGACCUGCGAGUUUAUUGAAUGUCUUCAAACACGACUACAAAUUCAAUAGAUAUACUGCCUUAUUAGUGUUCUUUAUAUAAAGAAUACUAAUUAGGAGUGUUUUAACAGGUUUAAAGCCAAUGCACGUGACAUAUUAUAGGCCGGUUUACACGACAAGCGUUUUGGGCACGGCACCCCUGAAAAUGGGCACCGUGCCAAAACCGCCACUUCGCUAUUUACUCGUUUACACGACAACAUUUUGUAAACACACUUUUAUGAUAGGCACCGUGCCCAUCGGAAAACGGCACCUCUACUUUCCGUUUACGACGGUAUAUUUUAAAGAAUAAAUAUGUCGGACAGAAAUAGAAUUAUAUAUUUAUAUUUAUUGGAACGAAGAAGAGUAUUAUAUGAGCCUACAAUCGAGGCAAAAAACCAAUUCAAUACUAGAAAAGUACUUUAAGGGCCAGCUCAUAUGGGCAAAAUGCCCAAAGUUAUCCCGGUUAGCGAGAAAACUUUUUCGACAAGUUUACAAACGAGAUCUUGCCUUUGUAUGAAAAUAAUAUGAAAAGUUACACUGCGUUCAUAUGAGACAAAAAGUUUUCCCGUGUACCGAGAUCUCGCUUGUUGACAAGCCAGAUCUCGGUGACCGGGAUAAUGUUUUUCCCAUAUGCAUGAACACAACUUUACCGCUUAGCGGGAUAACUUUCUGUCGUAUCAGCAUCUUUUCAAUUCAAUUGAUAUUCAGUGCGUGCCCAUCGGAAAACGGCACCUCUAUUUUCCGUUUACGACGGUAUAUUUUAAAGAAUAAAUAUGCCGGCCAGAAAUAGAAUUAUAUAUUUCUAUUUAUUGGAACGAAGAAGAAUAUUAUAUGAGCCGAAAAUCGAGGGAAAAAACAAUUCAAUACUAGGAACGUACUUUAAGGGCCAGUUCAUAUGGGCAAAAGUUAUCCUGGUUUGUGAAAAAACUUUUCGAAAAGUUUACAAGCGAGAUCUCGCCUUGGUAUGAAAAUAAUAUGAAAAGUUAGUUUACACUGCGUUCAUAUAAGACAAAACGUUUUCCCGUGUACGUACCGAGAUUUCACUUGUCAAGUGAUAAUGUUUUCCCCAUAUGAACACAACUCUAGUUCCCGCUUGGCAGGAUAGCUUUCUGUCGUGUCAGUAACUUUUCAAUUCAAUUGAUAUUCAGUGCUAUGUCACAGCCGGAAACUUUACCCGGUAAGCGGAAUAACGUUUCUCCAUGCAUGUGAACAGAACAAAAGUAUAUUUGGCUGGUCGAAAAGUUUUCUCGUUAACCGGGAUAACCUUUGCCCAUAUGAACAGGCCCUUGAAGACGAAAGGAGUUGUUUUCUCGCAUUAAUGUUGUGCCAUCUUGUAUUCACCCGCCACGAAUUCGAGAAGUGUGGACGCAUCGAACGACAGCUAUUUGCUACGACCUAGUUACUGCUCUAUUCAGCGACGAACAGUGGUAUCAAAAUUUCCGAGUCAGCUAGAGCAACAUUCACAUUCUGUGUUAAAUUUUUUUUUUAACUUUGUUUAUUUUUAAUUUUUGGCAAGUUGUAGUUUUUGGCGCUUGCUGCCAUGUUGGAAAGAGGACAAUUUGUUUUGCGCAUGCUAGAUGUCGAACACAUUUUUUAGUUUUUUUCGAAAUUUGGGCACGGCACCCCUUGCUAGACGUGCCGAGACUACCUCGUGAGAAAGUCUCGGCACGUUUAAAUUUUGCGGCACCGGUGCCGAUUUUUGUCACGUUUACACGCCAAAAGGCAGAGGUGCCGUGCCUAAAAUUUUGGGCACGGGUGCCCAUUUUUAGGGGUGCCGUGCCCAAAACACUGGUCGUGUAAACCGGCCUUAUGAUUGACAUGAUUUGCCAAUAAGCUUAUGAAUUAUUGAGUGUUUGAAUAUUAUUUAUUUUGUGUUGCUCAACAGGCAGAUGCAUUUAAGAAUGUAGCUAACUAUGUCAACCACAAAAUAAGUUAAUUUGAGAAAAACGAUUUUAGGUUUUAUAUGCUUGACAUCGCAACUAUAAAAAAUGUCCUCAUAAUCAUUAUGACAAUAGGCCUAAUCAAGUAAAUUGUUCAGUUUUUCCCACGGAACUUUUUGGGAUUUGUAGAGUUCUUGUAGCUCGUAAUAAAAAGGAUAAUUUUAGAACAAUCAUGUUCUUUUUUUUUAGUAAAUAUAAUCCAUGAAGUUCAACAUUCAAAUUGUUCUAGCUGUGUAGGUUUGUUGUAGUGUGUAGCGUUUAUCAAGCUUAAACGAUGAUUUUUACAUUUUUAUAAUAAUUACGACAUUUAGUAUAUAAUCAAUAUAUAAGCUUUAAGUUCAUUGUACAAUUUGAAGUACGUUGUUCAGUAUAUAAGCUUUAAGUACUUAUACAAUGUCUGUA